AUCGGAUUGCACGAUGGCGACGGCGCGCGUGCUGAGCUUGAACGUCUUCAUGCGCCCGCCGGGGAUCGCGGGUCGCGGUGGUGACCACAAGGACCUGCGCUUGCGCUUCCUCAAGCAGAAGAUCGCCGACUACGACAUUGUGUGUCUCCAGGAGCUCUUCGUCGGCGGCUCGGGGCGGCAACCCGACCUCGUUCGCUACGCCACGCAGUGCGGCCUGGCGCACCACGCCGGCUCGGUCUACCCAUCUCUCUGGAGCCGCCAGCUUAUGGACGGCGGCCUCUUGAUUCUCUCCCGGUACCCGAUCGUUCGCCAUGACCAGUGGGUCUUUACGCAAGGGCGCGGCAGCGACGGCAUCUGUGCCAAGGGCGUUGUGUACGCGCAGCUCCAAGUCGACGCUUCGUCGACGCUGCAUGUCUUCACGACGCACACGCAGGCUGGCGAAGACGAAGCCGCGACUGCGAUUCGCAUGCACCAGCUGCGCGAACUCGCGGCCUUUGUGCAUGCCACCUGCGCCUCGGUCGUGGACGACCCUAUUCUCGUCGCGGGCGAUUUCAACUUGGACGCACGCCACGACCCGAUCUUCUCCCCGUCUUGCCAUGCACCUCGCUUCCAACGAUGCAAGGAAAGCGCCAUGUACACGGCGCUUUGUGACAUGCUCGAGCAACGCCGUUGGACGCUCGUCGACGCGCUGCCGCAGCACAGCGUCACGAACGGCAACGGCCAUGGCUGCCUCCGCCAUACGAUGACCGAUGAAGACGUGGAUCGAACGGGCAAAUGCAUCGACUACAUCUUUCUUUUGCAGUCCCCGACGUGUCCGAGGAGAGUGGCUAUCGCCUCCGCGGCCGUCGACCCGUGCAUGAUCUCGGACUCUCAGGAUGGGAGAUGGCCGUUCUCCCACCUCUCAGACCACUGGGGGCUCGUGGCUACAUUGCAGUUUCCCGCCUCCUCAACCCUAAACACCGCCACUGCCGUUUCGAUGUCGGUGCAUCAGGCGUACCCGCAGCCGCGCGCAUGGCUCCUCAAGGCGGCGUCCGUGCUGCUUCUACUCGGUGGUGCCUGCCUGUGCACCGCCACUUUGGCCGCCCGACUUGCAUAAUCAAAACGAGUUGUGAGUCUUUGAUUCAUAGUACGCUACGUAAGAGCUUUUGGGACUGCGC